GAGGUAUUCGGCCUUGUCACGCAUUUCGACAAACAGGAGGGCAGCAGCAGGAUAUCGAUCGAGCGAUGGGGAAUCGCGGAGCCGGCGGAGACGGAAGCUCACUGAAGAGGGCUCUACUCGUGACCGGAGGUCUUGCGUUGGCGUGGUUGACCGUCGAGACCGCAUUCAAGCCCUUCCUCGACCGCCUCCGCGCCUCCAUCUCCAGAUCAGACCCCGCCCGCGACCCCGACGAGGACGACAACGACGUGGAGGUGGAAUCGGAGAAGGGCGAGGCUGCUGCGGAGGAAAAGGAUGGGAAGGCCGGUGGGAUUCCACCCUCCGAUUAGCUGAAGAAACUUAACUGACCGAGAAAAAAUAUCGUAUGCUACAUUUCUUUCUUAAUCACUACUCAGCGAAACCAUCUCGGUAUCUACAUAAAGAUGGCAUGAAAUUGCAGUUUCUUGCUUUAAAUCUGGCGUUAUUGGGAUUCAUGUGGUUUUGUCGAAAGCUAGAUCGAUUUGCCCUC